AUGGCCUCCCAAAGAAAAGAUCGUCCCCAGCGCAACCGUAAGCCCCCCAAAAUCUAUGGCUUCCACGUUUCUGGGCAAGAGGAAGACACUUUCACCGACUUCGAGCCCCCCUCGCCUCCCCACAGACCUGUCGAUACCCGCCUGCCCUUCGACCCUCAACUUGUCGAGGAAUGCGCUUUUCCUUCUCUCGACCCUGUUACCCACGUCGGGCUGGGACCGAGCGAGGUGUACAAGGUCUACCGACAGGCGAGAAGGGAACAGGAAGUAAAGCGGAUGGUGGAGUAUGAGCCCUUGUACCAUGAGCGUCUUGCGCAACUGAAGCAAAGGAAGCAAGUGGUGGGGCGUAGGGAUAUUGGGGAGUUUCCCGGCGGCGUAGUCGAUAAUAGAAGCAGGGGAAGGCCGCGCCGUGUUAGCGUUCAUUAUGCCAAUACUCCAGAGGAAAGGGCCAGGUGGGAGAGAGGUCGUGAGCAGGAGUUUGUUUGGGCAGUUGGCGAGUCUUCCUCUGAAGAAGAGGAUGAGGAAAAAGAAGAGGAGGAGGAGGAAGACGACGACGACGAUAUUCAGCAGAGGAAUAUGGUCAUCAGGACGUCGAGACUGCUACUCAGCGUGAGAAACGCAAAUCAUACGAAGCAGAAAGAGGCGGUGGCUGCUGUCGAGAGGGCAAGGAGUAGUGCCCAGAGUUUCGCCAGUAGCCAGGGGCAAAAGAGUCCGGGACCGCCUCUGCCUCUGGCUUCGGCGUCGGUGUCUGUCGAAGGAAAGAAUCAAAAGGAUGGCGAUGGGGAUACGGUUAUGGGCGAUGGAACCAUCCAUGAACCGCCAUACUCGUUUGCGCAGCUGAGCACGUUAUUAUCCCUCUCCACAGAUGAAAUCAUAUCUCUCCUGUAUUUGAUCAACCAUGAAACCCGCAAGAUGAUCGUCCUAGACAGCCUCAGCAAUCAGCUGGCCGCAAUCGAGGAUAUUGAUGCAGUCCGCGACGCCCUAGACCGACUCAAACCGCAAGGUCUUGUCACCGACUCCGUAUCCUCUGAGGACAUCCGCCAGGGCCAAGCGUUCUUACGGUUCAUGGGUCUGCACAAAGUGGCGGAGUGGUUGGCGGAGUACGUGGGGGUCAGCAACAGCCGGGACAGCAACGAAGGACGACAUGUCAUCAAGAUUAACGGGCAGCUUGUGGAUGGGGAUAUACCAGCUGAAGUGGCAGGCAACGUUUUAAGACGCAUCUGGAAGGAAGAGCAAGAAAGGGCGACCAGGAUCGAGAACGCCAGAAGAGCAGAGGCGGCAAGAGCAUCGAUGCAACCUCCACCUCUGGGCCUGGUGAAUCGCUCGGUAUUGGAGCUUACAGACAGGAGCGUACAGAACGGCAAAGUCUUGACCAUUCAGGAGGCGGAACAAGCAGCGAGAAGGCUUGCUGACUUUGGGCUGCUGGUUCCGCAGUCAGAUCACUAUACGGUCAGUUUGAAUGGCGAAUCCGUGCAUUUAGAGCAGGAUCUGCAAGCGCGGCGACUUUGGAAUCAUGAGCUAGAAGCCAUGCGGAAGGCUCAGAGACAAAAUGAAGUGGCACCUCCGGCUAGGCCGACAUUGGAGAGUAACGAGGAAAGACAACCGUCAAGGCCGACACUCGAUCAAGUGGCGGGGAGUUCCGUCGGCAACCGAGAAGAACAUAGACAAGGAGUUAGAGAGACAUCUAGGGGUCAAGCGACCCUUGUGCAGCAGCCCCCUCCUUCCACUGGAGCCAUUUCGUCUGCUCCUGUUCCAAUGGACAUUGACUCAAGCAUAAAUAGGGCGACGAGGCAUGAUAAAAAAAAGCAACAGAAGGGACAACCCUCGUCAUCGGCUAAUGAAGUAGACCAGGAAGCUUCAAUAGCCGAUGAAUCCCAGUCCCGUAAUUCACCGACAAACGACUACUUGCUGUCCAUCGGCAUCAAUCUUUCCCUUCAUAAAUCACCGCCGGUCGACACAUCCUCGGGGUCACCUACCCUCGAAGAAAGAACCGCCGCGUUUCUGGUGGCCAACAAGGCCACACUCGACGCCAUAGACAAGGAAGACGAAAUGGAAGCUCGUCUCCGAAGACGGCAACCGGCACAAAGUCAAGCUCAUGACGAGGAGCCAGCUAUCUCCGUCUACGGUUUACGUAAUGUCAGUGAGGCUCGUACCUUACGAAGUAACAGCAUAUACAGUUCUCGACUUCUUAGCGAAGCACCUCCCGUUGUGCCAGCCGCAAAUACAACUCCUACGACAGCCAGAGGCAAUCGUCAAGCGACCCCCGUUGUUGCUAACUUGAACCCUUCUGGCUCCGCACAUGAAAUGUCUGCGGAAAUACAGAGGCAGGUGCAAGUUGUCACGGAGGCAGGGGCCUCGAGUGUUGCCCCUCAUAAUGCUCUUGCUGGUAAUGGCAAUUCCAACCAAGUGCCAACAGCAGUGACGACCCAAAGGGAAGAGGCAAGACCAGUCGCAGUUGUGACGCCUCCCGCCCCCGAAACUCCGGCAUCGCAAAGAAAGACAAGAAUUAUUCUCAAGGUUGGAGGUCGAAGGGUUACCAGCCAAUCGAGCAUCACGUUGACGGAUACUCCACGGUCUGAGCCGCCGGUGCACACAAGUCCCCACACCCUGGGGCGGAACUUCUCCGAACCUACGAGACGUCAUCGUGAAAUAUCACAGGAAAUGUCCUUUGAUGACGAAGCUACAGACCAUACAACAUCUCGUAGCAGCUUCAAGCAAUCAUUGCCGACACGCCGAAAUCUCUUUGGGACAACCCGUAAACAGGAGCAUGCAUCGUUUUCGACUUCAGGGACACUGAUUGCCCCAAAUCAUAUCCAAAGUCAGGUUUCAAUGCCGUCCUUGGUGGUCGGAGGGCAUCCUACAAAGGCUAGUUCACACCCAAGCCAACUGCAAAGGCCUUCAAUGGCUGGCAUUCGGGAUCUCGCUUCAACAGAACCUGGCUCUCAUCGUCAAAACGAGUUGAGACUUGCUGCUUCCAUGCCGACCGCAAUACCUGCAAUAAUCUCACCUACCCAGACCAAUCCUUCGCAAGUUAUUCGGGCCGUCGCUGUCAGGGAAAACCAACAGACCAUGCGCGGGGGAGCGACCGAGGAAGUUGGGAAGAGAUAUGCCACUAGAAGCCAAGUUCACAGCGAGGAACAAGGAGAAAGCGGUCCUUAA